AUCCUUCUACACCACAAGGUCGUCAACUUUACAGCCCCUGGCCAUCAAACGACAACAUGUGCUAUCUCAACACAGCUGUAAAAGGAAAAGGCUUCCGGAAUAUCGCCAUCCCCAAGCGCAUUUGUCGCCAGAUGCUUUGUUCACUGCCGUCGCAUUUUGGCCUAAAGGGACAUGCCGUAAAUGAGUCUGAAUGUGUUGCGAAACUAAAUCAAACUUUUACAAAGCGAGGAUUUUCCUCGUAUUCGUCAGAAGAGCUGCUUGCAUCGUAUGCUAGUCUAGAUCACAAAAGGUAUAGACGUACCGGGUUUCCAGAGGCUGUUUUUGCGGAGGGUAAGACUGCGUCACAGGUUGCCUUAAUUCUGGACGACAUGGCUCGAAGUGUCAACGACUCUCUUGAGGAUGGAGAAAUCGGUGCACUUGUUGGAACAACCAUUCUAGCGACCAGUAGGGUUUCUCGUGAUAUGUACAAUGAAUUGGAAGAAAUUCAACUACAUCAUGGGACAAUGCAAUAUUUUGACGUUGCAAGAAUCGUGUCAGUACAGGCAUCUGGGAUGCUGGAUGAAACUACAAGUAAAUGGAAGACUUCAAAGCGACCGCGUGUCGUCGUGGCCACGGCAGGCACGACGGAUUUGCCUGUAUCAGAAGAAGCAGCAGUUACACUGGAAGCAGCUGGCUGCGAAGUAGAUCGCAUCUACGAUGCCGGAGUUGCUGGAUUACAUCGAAUCGUGCGAGCGAUUCCUCGCUUGACACAUCCCGAUGUGUCUUGCGUAAUCGUAUGUGCUGGAAUGGACGGAGCACUACCUAGCGUAGUUGGAGGGCUGGUUAGCGUUCCGGUGGUCGCCGUGCCGACAAGCGUUGGCUAUGGGGCGUCGUUCGGAGGCAUCAGUGCAAUGCUCACUAUGCUAAAUAGUUGCAGUCCAGGAGUUGGUGUCGUCAAUAUUGACAAUGGCUUUGGCGCCGCGGCUCUAGCUUACAAGUGCCUUAGAAAGCAAGUCUAGUGUUAGCAUUAACGAGAUAGCUGAUGCGUAUGCAACAG